AUGGUUUUUGAGUUCAAGAACAUCCACACAAAGAUUGAUGAGAACUACUCUGACCUCAACAACAAAUUCUUACAACUUGCCUCUCACUUCAAGGCUUUGGAGAGUCAAGUUGCUUCUAUGCCUUCAUCCCCCAAGCAGCCAAUGGGGUCUCUACCAGGGAAACCAGAAAAGAACCCCAAGGAGUCUUGCAAUGUUGUCUUCUCCACUACUUCUUCAGAGAUUGAGCUGAGUGAUCAUGAGAAAGAGGAAGAUGAGAUUGAAAGAAUGGUAUUUGGAACUGAGUUUGGGGAAGAUGAGAGAUUUGUUGUGGCCACAGCUGAAGCACAGAUUGUGAAGGACGCUGCCAGGAAGAUUGAAGCAACGAAUCUGCAAAGAGCUGAGCACAAGGCUAAGAAACAAGUUGAGAAGAGAGCUGACAACAAGCUGAAAGAGGUUAAGCUAGAGGAAGCCAUUGAAGUUGAGCUAUCACCCUAUGAUAAGCUCCCUUUCCCCCCCCAAAGAGUUCUCAUCAAAGCUCGGAAGAAGGUGCUCUCUAAGUUCAGGAAAGAUCUUAGUGAUGUUGGGGUCAGGCUUCAAGAAAUCUCGGGUAUGCGUGAAGCUUAUGUCCAGAUGAUGCUCAUCAACGACAUUCUAGACCACCAAACUGAAAUGGCCGAGCUUUUGGACAUCUCCAUUUUGAAGAUUGGUCCACCAAUCCCUCCAAAGUCCUUCCCUAAGCUUGAGUCUCAAGGGAUGUUCACCUUGCCUUGCUACCUUGGUAAGCUCACUUUUGAUGAUGCUCUUGGAUUGAGAGCAUGGAGCCAAAAACAUCUUCCCUACAGUUUGGAGAUUCCACUUCUACAACUCCUUGGUCUCAUCAAGGACUUCCCUUUGAAGAUUGGAGCGUGCACCAUUCCUAUAGACCUCACUGUUCUGAAGAUGGCAACUGAGAAGAGAGUCCCAUUGAUCCUUGGCACUUCAUUCCUCACAACAGUGGGAGCUUGCAUAGACUUUGCCAACAAAAAGGUCACACUCCUAAAUGUGAACAAAGCUGUCUCCUAUCCACUACAAUCCCCAAAGAUGAAUGCUGAGUGUUGUGGAACAAUCACUUGUGGAGCAUCCUCCAUUGAGAAGACCAAGGCUGAAGGGGAGGUGAGUAGAGUCACAAAGGCUGCUCAUGACAAGAAGAAGAUUGUGAAAGAACCUCAUCCUCCACCUCUUGAUAAGACUCCUCACAAUCUCACUCUCCACCCAAUUGAGCUUAAGGAUGGGGCCAUUGAGUACAAAAUCAAGUGCAAGGGAAGGUCUAAGCCAUUCUCAAGUGCAAGGACCAUCAUCACUCCUCAGCUCCAGAAUGAUCCAAUCAAGCUUCAAGAGCUUCUCUCCCACGUCCUCACCAUCACUCUUGAAGGUGGGAAACCCCCUCCUUCUCACUAG